AUGGACCCCCGAAAAUGGCGCGCAUUGCUACUAGAGGCGUGCGGAGCGUCAAGACGCGAAGAGAACUUGCGGUUCGAAGUCUUCGGGACAGGACAUCGAUUCUUCAACGGCAAAACAGAUUCUGGGUCCCCAAACCCCCCCGAGAAAAGACUACAGAGAACAGACAACAACCGGUGGUUUUCCGAAGUCGUCAAGAUACAUCAGUCGCAACGCAAUGCCGACGCUACAGCGAGCGAAGUCGGAAGUGCCAUUGACAACCUCUCCAUGCCAGGUUUGUCAGACGGAUCCAGCUCUCGGUUCAGCGCUGGAACACUUUCGGAAGGUGGUAAUGCUAUCAAGUGGACAGCGCCAACCGGAAUGAUCGACAACACAGCACUCGCAUUCUGCGGUUAUCGGCCUCCUAUUAUGACAGACCAUGAUCUACUCCUUGGGGACUUGAAACGGGUUUUCGACAAGCCAUGCCACGUUGGGCCGGACGGGAGCAUGGAGUUGCCUCUGGGCGAGGCAGAUUUUCCCCCUGGUGCUCCCUACGACCAGAAAGGGCGGGUGACAGUUCCGAACCCGCAGGACGGAUGCGACGAUGAUCCAGUGGCAGCAAGUAGGGGCGUUAGCGAAGGAGAGACCCAGUCUGCUCGCUCCUUAGACCUGACCUCUGAUCAUCCGCCCGGGCAGGCGCACUGGGAUAGAACCAGGUCUUCGUCAUCGAGCCAUCUGCCGUCGAGAGGAGAAAUGUCGACUCCACCGAACGAUUCAGCCUCUUCGUCUGAUUACGAAUGGUCUACAGAUGCACACGACUCGAUUGGGGGAGACCUCUGGAUGAGUCCCGUAGCAAUACGCCCAUACGAGUAUCAGACCUAUCUGCAACAUUUUGAAGCAGUAAUGGAGACUGCACUAGAACGGUUUGCACUAUGGAUCUGCCACAGGCAGCGAGUCAACAUGGUGAACGACAAGACAACUACCGGACAAAGCAAACCAGGGUCCAGCCAGAAUGCGACGGGCAUAUCGCAAAUAUUCCCCCAGAAGCGACCAAGAAGAAUUUCUGGAACUGGCAACGACGACGACUCCGCUGACGACGAGGAAAGAGAUGACUCCCGAGGAAAGAAAAAGGUCAAGACAGGGGAAGUUGAUGAGACAGCCCGUAACUUCGCUUGUCCAUUCUACAGAAUGGAUUACACUAAGCACCACAAAUGUCUCUCUCUCACACUUCGACGAAUCAGAGACGUCAAACAGCAUCUUGUGCGCAGGCACUUGCAACCUCUCUUCUGCUUCACCUGUGGUCAAGCAUUCGCAACACAGGAUUUGCAAGCAGCACAUAUUGUGGAGCGAACUUGCAAUCGUCCCUCAAAUUUCAGACCUCCCGAAGGCGUCACCAAGGACCAGAGGGACCAACUUUCGUCCAAGGUCAAGACAAGCAUUUCGGCCUCCGAGCAGUGGUUCUCUGUUUGGGACAUCAUCUUCCCCACAAAACCACGACCAGCUUCGCCCUAUAUAAACGAAGCGUUUGUUGAGCCAAUCGCGGAAUUCCGACGCUUCUGGGACAAGCGUGGCCAGAGCAUUAUUCAGGAAAGAAUGUCCGAGGAAGAAGGGAGGAUGCGAGUAUUUGCCUUCAACUACGGCCGCGAAUUGAUGACGAUGUUCACUGAGCAACUCAGUGCACGAGAAGGUUCACUUGCUGAGCACGGAUGCGCUCCGGCAGGAGAUGCUACAUCUUCCCACUACGCACAGGAUGCGGUUCCCUCGCUGCCAGAUCUCACCUCUGAGCCAAGCGCUGAAUCAGCCAACGAAACAAUCGCCACGUCGCGCUACCAGGGCUCAGGAUCUGCUCCAAGAGGCCCUAGAGAGCAAUACUUGUACCAAGAUGGACUUGGUGAGGUCGUUGUUCAAGACCCUGCAGCUUCUUCAUCAUCUGGAAUAGAGUUGAAGCCGACGACGACCUCCGCGAUGUGUCCACCACAACAGCCGCUUAGUCACACUGAUGACACUGGGGUUUCUGACCUGCUACCAGGUCAUGCUGAUGAAAUGGUGCAGCUUUGGGCUCGCCUUGAAGAAGGUCGCGAGUUCAAUAUGGCUAUGACAGCGCUUGAUACAAUGCUCCUCGAGGCCCUGGUAGAUCACGAGCCUAGCACAAUAGCCGACCCUUACGACAGAUGA